ACGACCGCAGCCGCCAUCUUCCCCAUCUCGAUGCAGCGAACAGUUUGGUCCGGAAGCAGAACUCGAAAUUCCGGAUCCGGCAGGUUCUUCUGGGGUCACGACCCAGGUUUUGAUUCAUUCAGUUUUAACAUGGCAGCCUCCGCCGUCAAGGGACUAGGCGCAUUGCGCUUCAGUGCUGCUCGGCCUGUUGCGUUUAUCAGAAAAAUUCCUUGGACCGCGGCAUCGAGUGAGCUGAGAGAACAUUUUGCACAGUUUGGCCGUGUAAGAAGGUGUACUGUACCUUUUGACAAAGAGAAUGGCUUUCACAGAGGCACCGGUUGGGUUGAGUUUUCUUCUCAGGAAGGACUUCAGAAUGCACUACAACAAGAACAUCAUAUUAUUGAUGGAGUAGAGGUCCAUGUUCAAGCUCAAAGAGCAAAGGUUUUACACGGGGCUCAAACAUCUGAUGAAGAAAACGAUUUCUGAGAUGAUCAGUCCAUUAAAUAAACAGAACUGA